AUGACGCCGCCCGCCUCGCUCGCGAGCUCGAGCUCGAUCGCGCGCGCGGCGAGCCUGCGCCGCGCGACGCGUCGCGGUGGUGACGGCGCGCGGGACGCCGCCGACGCGCGACGCCGCCGACGCGCGCUCGGCCGCGACGCGCGCGCGACGGCGGCGAGGGAUCGCGUGAACGGAGGCGGCGUGAACGAGUCCGUGGAUUACGAAGACCUGAGCGAUCGCUUGAAGCUGGAUAACGUGCGGCAGAGCUUGAUUCGGCAGGAGGAUUCCAUCAUCUUCGCGCUCAUCGAACGCGCGCAGUAUAAGCUGAAUUCCGCGAUAUAUGCGAAAAAUGCGGUGCCAGUGCCGUGCUUCGCGCCGAACGGUGAUCGAGCGUCGAUGCUGGAGUUCAUGCUUCGAGAGGUGGAGCAGAGUCACGGGAAGAUUCGAAGGUAUACGUCGCCGGAUGAGCACGCGUUUUAUCCAGAGGCGCAGCCGCCGUUGGUGAUUCCGCCGAUCGCGUUUAAGGACGUUUUGCACCCGUGCGCGGAGUCGAUUAACAUUAAUGAUCGCAUCAUGGAAAUGUACGUCGAUAAUCUUUUGCCGGAGAUGUGCGAGGGCGGGGAUGAUAACAAUUACGGGAGCGCGAGUCUGUGCGACUUGUCGUGCUUGCAAACGAUUUCCAGGCGAAUUCAUUACGGCAAGUACGUCGCUGAGUCCAAGUUUUUGGCGCAGCCGGAAGAAUACACGGAGUUGAUCAAAGCGCAAGACGCCGACGGUUUGAUGGCACUUCUCACGAACCAAGCCGUGGAGGACCGGGUCGUUCGACGGGUGGCAAACAAGGCGGCGGUGUACGGUUCGGAUAUCAGCGAAGACAUUCCCGAUACUUUGGCCUUACCCGUCGGUUCUGAAUCGUUAAAAUUGGCCCCGGAAAAAGUGGGCGAGUUAUACUACCGCUGGAUCAUGCCCAUGACGAAGGAUGUUCAAGUGAAGUACCUGUUACGUCGCCUCGACUAA